UUAUAAAUUGGGUUCUGUUCAAGCUGCUAGACAACCGCAGCUUACCCAAACCAAAGUUUCACACAAAACUGAUACCAUGGGGAAUUACAAGUUCAUUUCACCACUUCUCUUCUUCUCAUAUUUGUGCAUGCAUGCCUUUGUUCUUAACUCAUGUCUUAGUUUGGCCCUUGCCGGAUCAAACGAGACAGAUAAACUGGCGUUGCUUGAAUUCAAGGCUAGGAUAACUACAGACCCUUUUGGAGUCAUGAGUUCGUGGAAUGAAACAAUCCACUUUUGCCAAUGGCGCGGUGUUACCUGUGGUCACCGCCACAAGAGGAUCACAAUGUUGAAGCUGAUGUCCUUGAAGCUUGGAGGCUCUAUAUCGCCACAUGUUGGAAAUUUGAGUUUCCUCAGAGUGUUUAGUCUAAAAAAUAACAGCUUCAGCCAUGGAAUCCCUCCAGAAAUUGGCCGUCUCCGCAGGCUGCAACUUUUGGGAUUGCAUAAUAAUUCAUUGAGUGGGGAAAUUCCCGCUAAUUUAUCAGGUUGCUCUGAACUCAACUACUUAUAUAUUGGCGACAAUUUGUUAGAAGGUAGUAUCCCUAAGGAGCUUGGCACCUUGUCAAAGCUAAUAGAAUUCAAUAUUGAAGACAACCACCAUACAGGAAGUAUCCCUCACUCUUUUGGCAAUAUAUCUACUCUUGAAGGGUUUAGUGCAGUUCUUAAUAGUUUAAGUGGCAGUAUUCCAGAUAUCUUUGGUCGACUGACCAAUUUUGAUUUUAUUGGAUUGGAUUCAAAUGACUUGUCUGGUACGAUCCCUCCCUCAAUUUUCAAUGUCUCUUCUCUUGAAACCUUUGCUGUGGGAUAUAAUUACAACCUCCAAGGCACUUUUCCUUCAAACUUGGGCAAUUCCUAUCCAAGACUCCAAAUUUUUGCCAUCGAGGAUAACCACUUUAGUGGAACUAUACCUGUUUCAAUAUCUAAUGCCUCAAAUCUGUUUACGCUACAAAUAGGCGGAAACCAACUGCAUGGAGAAGUCCCCUCUUUGAAAAAUUUACACGAUCUUUGGCGGUUUGUUAUUUAUUCGAACCAUCUUGGAAGUGGGGGAAUUGGUGAUGAUUUGAGCUUUCUUUGCGAUUUGACUAAUGCCACCGGUUUACAAUACUUGCAUAUUAGUGAAAACAUCUUUGGGGGUACGCUGCCUCAGUGCUUAGCCAACCUGUCUACUUCACUUCUAUCUUUCUACGUAGAUGGUAAUAGUAUAUUUGGUAGUAUCCCGAAUGCGAUGGAAAAUCUGCAUAACCUGGAAGCCAUAUCGCUGUCUGGCAACCAGUUUUCAGGGCUCAUCCCCCCUGAAAUAGGAAGGCUUCCCAAAUUAUAUGAAGUAUUAUAUGACUUGCAUGCAUUCUUCCAACAAGUAUAUAUGGAAAACAACUCCCUUUCUGGGAAUGUUCCAUCAUCUUUUGGAAAUUUAAGUCGAUUAACUGAUCUGCAUCUCGAGGAUAACAACCUUCAGGGCACCAUCCCUUCAACUUUAUCUCAGUGUCCCAAUUUGGUGAACUUAACUCUUGGUGAUAACAAUUUCACUGGUAUCAUAUCCCCAGAAUUAAUUCGUCAGUCUUCUUCAUAUGUUCAUUUGGAUUUUUCUCGAAACCAUUUGACUGGCUUUCUUCCCAUGGAAGUAGGACAAUUGAAAAAUCUAGAACAUUUUGAUGUUUCUGGAAACCUGUUGUCUGGUGAAAUUCCUCGAAGUCUUGGAAGUUGUGAAACCAUACAAUAUCUUUACUUGCAAGAAAACUUCUUCCAAGGGACAAUUCCAUCAGAGUUGAGUUCACUACGAGGUAUUGAAACCUUAUCUCUCGCUCGCAACAACUUGUCAGGGACAAUUCCGAAAUUCUUGGCGAAUUUUACAUUUCUGCAAUCCUUGAAUCUGUCUUAUAACAAUUUAGAGGGCAUGGUACCAAUCGAAGGAGUUUUUCGGAAUGCAACUGCCACAACAGUCCAAGGGAAUACAAAGCUCUGCGGGGGCAUACCAGAGUUUCAAUUGCCAAAAUGCGAAUUUCGACAUUCCAACAAAAAGGGGUUGAGCCUAACCUUGAAAUUGGUAAUCUCUCUCCUUUGUGGGCUUUCUGGAGCCUUUUUUUCAUUUGCCGUUUUGUACCUUUGUUGCUUCCGUAGUAAAAAAAAGGAGGAUCCUUCGAGUGAUUCUGAAAAAUUUCCUAAGGUGUCUUACCAAAGUCUUCUUAAAGCGACUGAUGGAUUCUCUUCUGCCAAUUUGAUUGGUAUGGGAAGUUUUGGGUCAGUUUAUAAAGGAUUACUUGAUCAAGUUGGAACAACAGUUGCUAUCAAGGCACUCAACCUCGCUCGACACGGUGCUUCCAAAAGUUUCAUUGCUGAGUGUGAGGCUUUGAAAAAUAUUAGACAUCGUAACCUUGUGAAGGUACUUUCUGUAUGCUCCGGAUUCGACUAUCGUGGUUUUGAUUUCAAGGCCUUAAUUUACGAGUUCAUGGUGAAUGGGAGCUUAGAGGAAUGGUUGCAUCCAGCUCAGACAAGUAUUGAUCCGAAUCAGAGGCAAAGGAGGUUAACUUUUUCUCAGAGGUUGAACAUUGCAAUAGAUGUUGCAAUGGCAUUGGAUUAUCUCCAUCAUCACUCUCACGUGCCAAUAGUUCAUUGUGACCUCAAACCCAGCAAUGUUCUUCUCAACGAUGAUAUGAUUGGACAUGUAGGUGACUUUGGGUUGGCAAGAUUCCUUCCAAGAACUCUUGAAGAUGGUUCUGGUAAUCAGUCAAGCUCCAUCGGAGUUAAAGGAACAAUCGGUUAUACUCCUCCAGAGUAUGGUAUGGGGCAUGAAGUGUGGCCACAAGGUGACGUGUAUAGUUAUGGCAUCCUCCUCCUGGAAAUGUUUAUGGGAAAAGGGCCAACCAGUGACAUGUUUAAAGGAAGUUCAAAUCUUCACAACUUUGUCAAGGCAGCUCUGCCUGAGCAGGUGUUAGAUAUUGUGGAUCCGGUUCUUAUUCUAGAAAAAAAGGAAGGGGAGAUCAGUGCAAACCAGCAUUUAACAGAGACUAGCACAACGAUUCGCAUGAAAUUUGAAGAGAGCUUGAUUUCAAUUUUAGGAGUUGGUGUUGUAUGCUCCGCAGACAUGCCUGGGGAAAGGUUGGACAUCACUGAUGCUAUGGCUAAGAUGUGUCGGAUCAGAAACAAACUUCGAGCAGAUAAAAUGCUGGAUUAGAAUAAGUGUACUGUUAAGUAUUACCAUGUACGUAAUAAUCUUGUUUCCUUAUGUGGACAGUGGAAGUAGAAGUUUCAGAUUUGCCUGAUCAAUAAAAACAUUAUAGUUGAUAACUUGUCUGACAGACUUCAAUCAAUUUACUAUUUCUAUCCGUUGAGUUAUAUGUA